CUUCGAUACGUCUUUCAAAAAAUGGCACAAAAACAUCCUAUCACUCUGUAUACUGCUGGUACUCCCAAUGGUUGGAAGGCUUCCGUAACCUUGGAAGAACUUGGUAUUCCGUACAACUUGGAGUCUAUUGAUAUCAUGAAAAACACUCAGAAGGAGCCAUGGUUCAUCAAGAUAAAUCCUAAUGGAAGAAUACCUGCUAUCGUCGAUCAUUCCAAGAAUGACUUUGCAGUCUUCGAAAGUGGUGCCAUUAUGGAAUAUGUCUGUGACAAUUAUGAUAGCCAGCAUCGCUUAUUGCCUCAAGAGCCGCUUGCUCGUUCAAGGGUUAUUCAGUUCCUUAUGUUUCAAAUGGGCGGUGUAGGACCCAUGCAGGGCCAAGCAAAUCAUUUCAACGUAUAUGCCCCUGAAAAGAUACCAUAUGCUCAAAAGAGAUAUCUUGACGAAACUAAGCGCUUGUAUGGAGUUUUGGAGAUCGCCCUUGAUGGCCAAGAAUACCUUGCCAACAACCAAUACAGUAUUGCUGAUAUUGCCAACUAUUGCUGGGUCAAAUGCUCUCCAUACCUUGGUAUUAACUUGAAGGAAUUUCCUCGUGUUAAGGAAUGGGUUGAGCGUAUCGAUGCCAGACAAGCUGUGCAAAAAGGUAUUCGCGUCCCAAAUGACAGUGGCGUAAAGAGACUGGAAGAAGCUCUCAAUAAAUUGUAACUACUCGAUUAUAGCCAUAGCUAUAGCCAGUAAGGAAAUUUCAUAGCUGCCAAUAAAACCAGUUUGUUGUCUAACGGGCAGAAAUUUCCAGCAAGAAAUUUCCCCAUUUAACAUUGAAUUGUAAUAUCACCUGGGGGAUAGUCAAGUCAAGUAUGUUAGAUGAAAAAAAAAAUUAAUGAUUCAAGAAAAUAUAAAUUGGCAGUGCAUAUUUGACGC